AUGGUCGCUCCUUUGUUGGGCAAAUAUAAGGCAAAACUAGUCUUACAUAGAUAUCUAUCAACAUUCUUAGGUGGAUUUAGAGUCCCAUAUCAAGGAACUCCUCCCUUUCAUUACUUGAUCUGGCUGCUCGCACUCUUCAUCUUUUGGGCACUUGCUGAACUGUUAACCGCGACCAUUGAAGACGACGGAAUCGACAGAUCAGUCUAUUUCGUUAGCAUCACAAGUCUCAUUUUCGGAGUUCUCGUUGGGAUAUGUCUAGUCAGCUUAUGGACGGUCGGGCUUCUGCUACAACGACGAGAUUUUGGAUUAUCGUCGCCGAUCGAUCACGCUGAUGAAGAUGCGGAUCUCAUGUCGCUGGGAGAUUCGUUUAGAUUCCUUUUUCAGCUACCAAAGUCGCUACUCCAGGCUCUAUGUAAAGUAGUCGUUUCUGUGCUCGCAUUGCCGUUUGCAAUGAGCAGACUGAGUAUAGGUCUACUGCCAUUCGGCAAUCUUUCUGUUAUUGCACACACAUUUGGAUGGCUGAGUGUAUCCAUAGCGCAGUGGAGUAUAACAAGCUCUGCACCACCUGAACCUAGCACGACCUAUUCCACCGACGAUUGGGGAAUUGACACAUUUUCGCGUAUUACUCAUGUGGUUGUGUUACUAGCAUUGAAUACUAUUGGGGCUACAUACUCUUCCACACUAGCAAGCGCAUCUAUGAUAAUACUUUGCACCCUGCCACUACUAUGGGUCCUAGGCAUAAUACCAUCUCUACGAAACUUGACUGAAUGGACACUCGAAGUAGUCAACAUGUGUCUACUUGGAGGAACAACCAUGUCAACCUUCAUACUCUUAACCUUCCAAGUCUGUUUUGCAUCAGCAUGUAUCGCUAUAACAUGGGCUCUAGCCCGCAAUUCAUCAUCAGCAACAGCACCGUUCGUGUGGAUGGCCAUAAUAUGCACGUUAACUGGAUCCCGAGGAUUCAACAACCCGUAUUCUAUAUCGGGACCGUUCAUAGCCGUUGAAUUGGGAUGGACGCUUGUGAGGACGAUCAUAGCUGGUGUUUUGGUUGGUCAGUUGACUGCAGUUAGUUCUGCUGCUGGAUGGAUUAUAGUAGGAUGUGGUGCCGCUCAAUACGUUUCAUAUGUGGCAAGUCAGCCAUACGUAUUUUCGAUACUCGCAAACCCUUUGGCAAAGAUCACACAAUGGCGUAGUAUACAAGUGUCGCAAAUCGUGGUGCAUCAUGCCACACCAUUCUUGAUACAGUGUCUUAUAUCAACCAGUGCUUUUACGAGUGCAAGCACUGAACCCGAGAUCUGGAUCUGGAUUAUGACGUUUCGUAUCAUGAGACGUGCUUGGGUGAACGUUACUGAUUCGGCAGUUGAAGUGGCUGUUGUGUUUUUGAUCUCGUUAAACUCCAGCUUAAGCGACUGGAACAAUAUUAGCUUUGUUAGUCGAUGCUUUAUAGUUGGACUGUUAUGGGAUCGUGUCAGGACUUUCGUAAAUCAGUUAUGGCUGGUUGGAAAUUCUUGGGUGUGGUUUCUGUUCAGUAAAAAGCAAAGAAGGAACUCAUGGCCCAUCAUGCUUUCAAUUGGCAUCGUGACGUUACCAAUCACCUUGGCAAUCAUCGCAAUUGCCACAAUAUUGGACGCACCACUAGUGCCACUAUUCGGUUUGCCCUUUGUUUGGAUUGGGUUUCCUCGCAUUGCUCGAUUUUGGCCCAAUACAGGCUCAGAAGCACCACACUCUGCAGACUCGACUCUCUACUCAUCACUAGCACCACCUCUCCUCAAAGAAAUAUCACGAAAAUGCCAAUCAAGACUAUCUCCAGCACGAAUCGGAACCACAUACCUCGCCCGUCAAGAAUCCCGCAUCUUAUUGAUCCGAAUCGUAUCAACCAGUUUCGAAGGUAUCACAGUUUCAUUACGAGGCCUAGAACUACAAGGCACAAGCUGUCAUGCUGUUGAAGGCAGACAACUUGAUCGUGUGUUUGAGAGUGGGUGUUUGGAUAGUAAGGACACCAAACCGAAGGUUGUGCUAAAUCAAGACUGGCUAAGUGCGCUACAACCAUUGGCAUCACUGGAUGUUGAGACUUAUUCGGAUUCAAGAUUUUCAAUGGUUGGAAUUAUGGAUUCGCCUGAUAAUCUCAAGAAACUGCCAAGUUUGUUUUUCAAGGCUCUUGUAUGGCUCAUGUUUCGAGAUGCCGAUCUUGCGCUGGAUACAUGGAAGAAUCUACCCGUAUCUCGGGACGCCAUACAAUUAUCCCAACGUCAAUUUCCUGUAUUGUGGUGGCAGUAUCUCAAAGGACGCAACGACGUAACAUCUGAACCAGGUGUAUCGUCCAUACCGGAUCUCGUCAUUCGGCCAGCAGACACACUGUUUAUGGCGACAGCUGCUGCUUGCUUUUGUGUAUAUCUGGGAUUUGAAGAGUACAAUGAAAGCGUGACACUUCCGGACCUGCCCUACCGACUCAUGCAAGGCAAAACAUCAACCACAUCUCAACAUCGUCAAUGGAUGAUGAAUGCAGAACAAAAGCCCUUGUUAUCCUAUUGUCAGUUGGCUGGACGAUACGCUGUUCGUGCAGUGUUUGAAAAUGCAGCUAUACCUUCGACUGGUGCAUUUGAUGAACUGGAAAAACAACUGGACCAGUGGCACAAGAAUGAUUUCGUUGGUUUGGAUCCAAGUGUGGAUGUCAACAGUUCCGCAGAGUGGGAUAAAGCUGUGCGACAUAAGAGGAAGACAUUGUUUGGAGUUUCCAAAGACAAGAAUGGUGGGAGCUUGUAUGCUCGAGUCAUGCAUCUUGGGAUGCAGCGCGUGGCUUUGGGUGAAUUGAAUUCUGAGGUUGUUAGAGGAAUAUGGGCUAAUCUAUCUUUCGAACUGUUAUAUAUGACCAACGACGAUGACGAACGAAACAGCUUACAAGCCCACGAAGGCCUCUUCCGCAACAUCAUAACCCAAGCCGCAGAUCCACCACUAGGCUACCCAGUCUGGUGCUCAACAGGUCAAAUCGACCAAGCAGGGAUAUCCUCUGCCACAAGAUUCAUUCAUUCGAUAUGGACUAGUCUGGUAAAUCGAUUCCAUGCGACGACGUUAAAGAGGAGAAAGACGAAGCAGCAGAGGAAGAGAGUAGCGCCGUUGAGAACGUUGCCGGCUGAUUCACCCGCUGAUUUACGGCCGACAGAGUUGGAACUUGAUGAGCUUUGUGAUGCGUUGCACGAUAUGUAG